UGUACUUAAGCAUAAAGGAUUUUCGACCAUAGUAUGAAACAAACGAACAACUAACGAAAAUACGGAAAUAUGUUCCCUUGAAUUUAAAAGUCGACAAUGUGAACUCACUAUAUUCCAUCCACAUAAACGACCUUCAGUGUAUAAAAUCUCAAUUAUCACAUUAAAUCCGAAGAAACAGACGACCCAGACUUCAUUUUCGUACAUCCCUCAAAUCUUCUUUACGUUAAUAUCCCUGGUUUCAUGCUAUGCAUCUUUCUUGCCGCUCUUGAUCAAACAGUCGUUACUACUUCUAUCGUCACCAUCGUUAGAAAUUUAAGCGACAGCUCGUUGUUCUCAUGGAACCGUACUGCCUAUUCACUUAGCAGUAACCGCUUCCUGCAUCUGAUAGGAAUAACGAGAAAAGUAGCUGCUCCUGCGGUUAAUCCAGCGCUCUGGAGAUUCACUCCUGUUACGAUUUUGCCGCCACCUCAACAAAAUCCGAUACUGGAGUACUAGGGUUGAUGUAGUUCGCUUCCGUUUCUUUUAAACGUCGUUUAGAAAUCCGAUUUUAUGGUUCUUUAACAGAGUAGAGAGCCCCUCCCCCCUGAAUGAUGUAACGGUGCUUAGAUAAUUAAAAUAUUGAAAAUGGAAAUGUUUGUUGGAGACCCUGGUUGGCGGACAGGUUGUAUCGACUUUAAAGGCACCAAUCAUAUCAAACUCAUAUUUAGAUUAACUCUUUUCGUCAAUUUCCUUAAUGAAAUUAUACAAAGCAUUCACUCCAAAUGUCUGUGACCAUUCCUCAAAAGUUAUACGAUUUGUAUAUAAUAGAGAAGUUUCUGUAAGAAAAAUCCCUUCAUGUAUACCAUUGGUUUCAAUCAUUAUUCUCUCAGGAUAGUUCUUGCCGAGCGAUGUCUUUUCAAGGCACCAUUCUAAAAUUUCGUCUCUUAAAACUUCGUGAUUGCCAACCAAGAGCAAAAACCUUCCUUUUUUAAACGGUGGAAAUUCAGACCAAAAAUCCUGGAAACAGUUCAGAUUUAUGUUCGUUAAAGGUUGGGAGUAUAAAUGCUCAUUUUGCUGAACAUAUCCUCUUCCACACCUUUGCAAAGUCUCAAAGGCAAUCACAUCCUUAUAAGCGUUAUAUUUAUAAGAUUUUGUAUUUUUGGCACUUGUCAAAUCUAACCAGGGAGAAAUUAAUGCUACACCAGAAGGCCAGACAACAUUUUUAGAUUUGGACUUUUCGUUUAGGUGGUAAAGCAUCGACAAUGCAAGAUUCCCGCCAGCUGAGUCACCAACUAUAAUUAUUUUUCUAUAUCC